AUGUUUCAGAAAUUCUCGCAGUUCGGGAAGAACUUGCAAGAUGAAAUCACCCGCCUCAGCGAGCAAACUCAUGAUGGAGUCCAGGAAGUAGAUGGAGCAAAGAAGCCUGCCAAUAGCGGCGCUGGGAGUCUAUUUUCCAGAUCUUUAACACCUGCCGAUGGCGGCAAUAAUAAUAGCAUUAAUAAUAAGAAUAGCAAAGAUGAUGAUGAAAGAAUACUAAAUAAGAAUACCCCGAACGCUGAGGAUAUUGAUGGCUUCAUGAAGGAUGAUGAAAAUGAUGAUGAUUGUUUCAAAGAUCAGGAUACCGCAGAUAAGAAGCUAGAAAACAAAGAUGAUGAUACAACAAUUGAGAAGCAAAAAGAAGACGGAUCAAAUGCUGACACUACAGAAAAACCUUCUGAUGAGCAAACCAAAUCUGUCGCAGUUGCACCUGCACAAACAUCCUCUCCCAAGAUGGGAUUGAAAGAUGACGAUUAUUCUCCGGAAUUGAAAGCAAAAUUGAGAAAAUUCGAGAAAUACGAAAAGAAAUACCCCGUAUUACUCGACGCUUACAAAACUGAGAAGAAAAAAACCGAUUUUAUCAAAAGUUUUGAAAGUGCAUUGAAGGAAAUCACCCCGAUUUCCACGAUCUUAGAUAUUGAAGGGUUCAAGAACUUUAUCAGCUCCACCAAUAUGAAGAACAAAUUGCUUAAUGAAGAACUCAGGAAGUUCAACACCAAAGUGAAUAACGCCGAAAGUGCAAUUUUGGAAAAGGAUAUCAAGAUUGAAACUUUAGAAAGACGGGCCCAAGAUUUGGAAAAACAAGUCGAAAAAGCUAAUGAUGCAAAAGACAGGAAAUUGGACGACAGCAAUAAAAAAUUGGAUGAUCUAAGAACGAAAAUACGGGAAAUUGAGCGAGAAAAUAAGAAAUUGAAAGCAGGAAUGGAAAAAUUACAAAGUGAAAAUGAAGAGAAGCAAGAAAAUCAACAACUCGAAGCCAAUAAAAGCCAAGCGACAUCAGUCAAAGUUGAUGAUGACGAUGAUGAUGAUGAAACAAUUUCUAAGCUCACCAAAGAAAUUGAAUCAAAAAGUUUAGAAGUUGAAAGUUUGACCAAAGAGGCAGUUGACUUAAACAAAAUGAUUGACGAUGGAAAGGCUGAACUCAAGAAAAUUACCGCAUCCAACACCGAAUUGACUAAUGUUGUUGAAGAAUUAAAAUCUGAAAAGUCUAAAUUCUUGGAAACCAAUGAAGUAGAAAUUAAGGAGCUAAAAGUAAAGAUCAAUGACCUAGAGUCAUGCAAUAAAAAGCUUGACGAAUCUAACAGCAGGAAAAUUAAGUCCCUAACUGAAAACUUGCAAUCCACUGAACAGGAAUUGAAGCAAGUCAAGGAUAGUUUGGGUGAUUAUGUUAAAAAAUUGUCAGAUUCAGAUGAUCUUUUUAAGACCAAAGAAACUGAGUUAGUUGAAGUGAAGAAGUCCCUUCAGUCCACCGAAAAGCUUGUGGAAUUAUUUAAAUCAAAGCUUAAAAAUGCGAGCCAGUCGACAAAUGAUGAUUCUUCAAAGGAAGAAAAACCUAGUAAGGAAUCCGACGGUGUUGAAUAUAUGGAAUUAUCGAUAAAGCACGAAGAAUUAAACAAGGAAUUGGCCAGCAAAUGUGAUGAAUUGACGAAAAUUAAAGAUCAAUACUCUGGUUUACAAACCAAAUAUGGUGCGAUUAAGGGGAAAGAAGAAGAGGUUGAGAAUCUUCGAGACAUGUUGCGUGAUGUUGGUAAUGAUUUAGUCAGUGCUAAGGAUGAAUUGAAAGAGUUGAAGCAGAAAGAGGGUGAUGGAAAUAAGGAGGUUGCUGACCUAAAGAAGCAAUUAGCAGAUAAUGAUAAAUUAUUGAAGAAUUACGCGGAGAUAAAACUUAGCUUGGCCAACAUUACCCAAGAUUUUAAUGAUAAGGAACAAAAUUAUAAAAACAGCCUACAUGAGUUAACGGAAGCCAACAAUGUGAAAUUGAAACAGAUCAAAGAAUUAGAGAACAACAAUAAAAAACUCAAAAAAGAAAUUGAGGAAACCUCAAAUGAACUAAAGAAUGGAGAAACCGAAUUGGCUAAAUUAAGAAAGGAAGUGAAAGAAAUUCCUUCGUUGAAUAAACAAAUCAAGACACAUACCAAGUCAAUCGAUAUUAAAACUAAACAAAUCACUAAACUCGAAAAAGAGAUUAUUACUUUGAAAGAGGCCGUCAAAAAUAAUAAUGAAACAUUGAAAGAAGUUAAAUCACUAAAGGAAACUGAGAAGAAAUUGACCAAGGAAAAUGAAGAAUUGAAUUCUGAAUUGAAGGAAUUGCAGGCUAAAGUCACUGCCGCAGAAAAAAUGAAAAAUAAUGAAACUUCAUUAAAAUUGGAAGUUGUAACCUUGAAAACCACUCUUGAACAUAAAAACAAACAACUCGAGACUAACAAUUGCACUACAUUGGAAUUGAAUAAAAAUAUCAAAGAAUUGAAUGAUAGUAUAAUGAAGUUGAAGCUCGAAAAUAAUAACUUGAAGAAUUCAGAAAAAUAUUUACAGGAUAAAUAUUCUAGCUUGCAAGCACAAGCAGAUAUUUUAGAAAAAUCUAGGGCGGAAUUGACACUGAAACUUGAAUCCUUGAAGACUGAGAAGCGCAAAUUGACGGAAGACUUUACUAAGGUUAGUAAAGAAGUGGAAUCGUAUCAAAAAACUAAAGCAACAUCUUCAGAUCAAAUCGAGUCCGCCCAGAAACAAUAUGAUGAAUUGUUGAUGCGUUACAAAGAAUUAGAGGUCAAGUUGGAAACCACUGAAGAAGAAUUGAAUGAUUCCAGAAAAGCAUCACAAGAAAAGUCUAGAGAAGUUAGCAAUAUCAGAAAAUUAGUUACCAAUUUUGAAACUAAUAAAUCGGUGGAAAUGGGUGAAUUAAUGGAAAAAUUCAAGAAUCUUAAAGAAGACAAUGAAAGUAUGAGAAAUCAAUUGUCAAUGACCGUGAAAAAGAAAAAUCGUUCCAUCGAUGAAUUGAAGCAACAAAUUUCCGAAUUGAAAGAUUCACUCAAGGAUGAAGAAUCAACUAAGAAAGAAUAUUAUGAUAAGUUGAACAAAUUGGUUGAGGAAAAAUAUAGUUUUGAAAAGAAAGCCAUUGAUAGGUUGGACGAUAAGUACAAGCGUGAUGACUUCGGAAUGAUUUCCAAAUUAAAAGAAUCUCUCAAGAAUUCAGAAUCAAGAUUGAGAGAAUAUGAACAAUCAGUCACGAAAUAUCAACUUCUUAAUGAUGAGUUAUCCAUGAAGGUGGAUAGAUUGACCAAGAAUUACAAAUUGCUUUUGAACCAAAAUAAGUCUCUUAAAGAAAGCGUGGCCAAUUCCAAUUCUUCCACACCAGCAAAGAGUCCUCUUGGAACCCCCGUAUCUUCAAGGUCUAACUCUGUUGUAUUAAGUAGUAAUCAUUUAGUUUUACCUGCCCAGGCAACAGUUGAUGCUGCUAAUGGGAACUUGAAGGAGGAAAAUAUUGCCUACAUUAGAAAUGUUCUUUUAGGGUUCUUGGAAAGAAAGGACCAGAGAAAACAAUUGCUACCAGUGGUUAGUUCGUUAUUAAUGUUAGACAAGGGCGAUGAAAGUAGAUUUUUGCUCGCCUUGAAGCAGUGA